AUGCUCUUCUAUCCGACCCCUGCCCUCGAAUCCCUUACACUCGAGUAUGUUAAGACGAAUCGCAAUGAUGAGCGAAGACGACGACAAAGUAUGCGACGACGGGGACUGCUUCCUUUCUCGCCCAAGCUUCAAACAUGCACCCUCAUACAAUCGUUUCUUCUCUACUACCCAGACAUUUCAGCGGCGCAGGAGGUCACCAUCGUUCAUCCACGAAACCUCGCUGCUGCUCUACCAAUGAUUGAGCUGGGUAUGGCUGUUGAAAAGCUCGCCCUCAGUUUGCCGUUCCGUGGACGCUGGACGUGGCCCGACUCUCUACCACAGCUUAGGAUUGUAGAUGUUUGGAACUAUGGUCCUCAGUGCAACUUUGAAACUGUGCAGGCUCCUCAUCUAUACCAAGCCACGCUACGGAUGCAAAACGUUUUCUGGAUUCCCGAAGUCCUCCCUCAUACUUCCUUCUUCUCUACUGCCACAGACUUGGCGGUUCUGGACGAGAUCUUUCUGCUUGUUGAAGCAUCCCAAAGACUCGCAUUCUCACACUUCCUCAGUGGGGUGCUUUCUCUUGUUCACCUACGUGCUAACGAGGUAGCCCUGCGCGAGAUCCUGAUCCUCGUCAGGACUCGAGGAAUUGGCAGGCGAACCAGGACCGGACUCCUGGUAGCGUCGGUCUUCAUUCUUGCCCUUUUCGACUCCGACGCGUACGUGUUUCGUGUGUAG